CGAGCGAGCGCGCCAUGACGGGCAACGCCAGCGAGGCGAGGCGAGGCGAGAAAGGAACGGAAAAUUAUCACCGUCGGCGCUGUCAUCAAUAUGGAGGACACCGUGCGACGAUGCCGCCGUGCCGUUGCGCCGCGUGCCACCAGGAACCGAGGGGUCGCCCGGCACGUCCCGGGACCGUCCGCCAGCUCGAAUAUCGUGGAAACUCACCAAAUGUCGCCGUAGAACACGAUUGUCGACGCUAUUCGGGCCGAUGGGUCGAUAUAAGGCCACCAAAUAUACACGUAAACCCACGAUCGUCGCGUGAGGGCGUUGUAUAAGAGCAAAUAUGGCCGAUCGAACUGCGACGGUUCAAAUGCUGCGCUGUGCUGCGCGUUGGCAGCUGCGCACUAGGCCACGUCACGCGUCACGCUCGCGUGUUUAUACGCCGACCAACGCCGAUCGUGAUUGUUCCUUUCUGACAUCUAGAAAUUCGAGAAUCCGGAAGGUACGACCUACGACGUCGAUCCUUCGUGAGGCUCGAAUGAGGCUCUAGAAUUCUUCAGUUGCAAUUAUUUCAAAUCCAUUUAAGCGAAUUUCUACCAUGCAAUAUCUACGUGCGAAAAAAAAAUGAUACGUUGCGCGUUGAACGCUAAGAAUAGCCAUGUUGCUGCGCUGCUCUUUGUA